AUGACUCACGGGCUCGCAGAGGAAGCCGUGACUCAGUCCUGGAUUCCUGCCGCUCCCCACCCCCCGGCCGCUCCGGCCAUCGCGGCCACGUGGAGCCCGCGGGACCCGCGGCCGUCCCGGUGGGACGCGGCUCCCACAGAACACCCCUCCCUCCCGCCUCCCCCGGAGCGCUUCCGCAGUGUCUCCAUUGAUAAAUCUGGAGCGUUGCCACGGCGACGCUGCAAUGGGGCGCAGCGGGUGCGGGGCUGCCGAGGGGCCCAGGCCCACGGCGGGGGGCGCUCCCGCCCGCCUCCUCACGGGCAACCAAUGAGCGCCGUCCUCCGCGCCACGCCCCCACUCGUGGUGGUGAAAGACAGAGAGACUCAGAGAUCCAGAGGUUUUGGCUUUGUUACUUUUGAAAACAUCGAUGAUGCAAAAGACGCGAUGAUGGCCAUGAACGGAAAGUCUGUAGACGGGCGUCAGAUCCGRGUUGACCAGGCUGGCAAAUCCUCUGAGAACAGAUCCCGUGGCUACAGAGGGGGUUCCUCAGGGGGCAGGGGUUUCUUCCGCGGAGGCCGAGGCCGGGGUCGUGGCUUCUCCAGAGGAGGUGGAGACAGAGGCUAUGGCGGCAGCAGAUUUGAUUCCAGAAGCGGAGGUUAUAACGGUUCCAGAGACUACUAUAAUAGCAGGAGUCAAGGUGGCUAUGGGGACAGGAACUCAGGAGGCUCCUACAGAGACAGCUACGACAGUUACGGCUGAAGGGACCUGGCACACACCUCGGAGGCCAAGCGGAUCCUGAGGGACCAGAGCUGCGUUCCAGGGAUGCAGGAGCAAGUUUGCCAACCAGCACUGAGACACGUCAGAGAAGACAGAAGGACAAACAAAUCGAGGAGAUGMAGAGCUCAGAGCAGUGGUGUUGCUCAUUUUUAUAUGGAUCAGUUGAACCAAGUCAAUCAAGCUGGAAUAAAACACUGAAAUGUGAAAAAA